AUGGUAAAGCGGUGUGUCGUUGGAUCUUGUAAUAACUCGAACAAAACAGGGCAUUCUACUCAUUUUUUUCCAAAAGAAGAAAGAAUUCGGCGCCAGUGGAUAAACUUCGUCCAAAUUAAACGUGCAGACUUCUUAGAGCCUACAGAACACUCCAUAAUCUGUGGCGCUCAUUUUGCAAACGAAUGUUUCGAGGAUGAUGGGAUGGUCAAAAUGGGGCUCAAAGAUAAAAGAAGUAAUUUGAAAACCGGUUCGGUCCCCACAAUUCAACCCCAGCGACCCAAAGCAUUACCCGAAGCGCGUAAGCGGACUAUGAAGAGCGAAGAAAAAGAAAUACCGGCGACUGCGAGUCAGACUCCUGGCAAAAGGUCACGAACAAGUAGAGCUGUGCACAAGUUAUCAGUUUCUAGGGUAAGUAAGCCAAUGUAA